CUGUUCUUAAUAUUCAUCUUCUUUCAGUUUCAGUAUCCAAGUCCUGAGAACCAUCAAUGGAAAAUCAUAAUUAUGAAGCAAAUAUAAACCAAAAUCACCUCUGCAAUACCCUCCCACAAGUUCUAGUUCUUGAACCCCCACCAGUAUUUAAAUUUUAUGGUGACCAACUGUCAAAAAGAUUCCAUUUCUUGAAAGCAUGGGAAUCGCCACUCUCUCUGCAUCAAUACUUGACCAUCCAUUCACAAUCAGUCCAAGCCCUCCUGUCCUAUGGAACCACUCCUAUCACUUCUGACAUUAUAGGGCUACUACCAUCUUUGGGAAUCAUCGUCACCACAAGCGCUGGCCUAAACCAUAUCGACCUACAUGAGUGCAGACGCCGCCAAAUAUCCAUUGCAACUGCUGGAACCUUGUAUUCUGAAGAUGUUGCAGAUCUGGCUGUUGGGCUACUCAUCGAUGUAUUCAGAAAGAUUUCAACUGCUGAUCGAUACCUAAGACGCGGGCUUUGGGCUAGUCAACGGAAAUAUCAGUUUCCUCUGGGUUCUAAGUUGGCAGGCAAGCAAGUUGGUAUUGUUGGAUUGGGAAGCAUUGGCUUAAAUGUGGCAAAAAGGCUGGAAGCUUUCAGCUGCAAUAUUCUGUACAACUCGCGGAAAAAGAAGCCAUUUGUUCCAUAUCCAUAUUAUUCAGAUGUUAUUGAUCUGGCCACUCAUUGCGAUGCUCUCAUCAUUUGUUGUGGAUUAACAGAUGAAACCCGCCACAUGAUUAACAGGGAAGUAUUGCUGGCCUUGGGAAAGGAAGGAAUCAUUAUUAAUGUUGGACGCGGCGCUGUCAUUGAUGAGAAGGAAAUGGUACAUUGUUUGGUGCAAGGGGAGAUUGCAGGUGCUGGUUUGGAUGUGUUUGAGAAUGAGCCUCAUGUUCCUAAAGAGCUCUUUUUAUUAGAAAAUGUUGUGUUGUCACCCCAUAGAGCUGUCCAUUCGGAGGAAACAUUAAUGGCUUUGUGUGACCUUGUGGUGGGGAAUUUUGAAGCUUUCUUCUCAAAUAAACCCUUACUUACACCAUUGGUGGAUGAUUGAAUGUCGGAUUUCUGUCUGAAAGCUAAUCUUCUCCUCCAUUCUUAUUUGAAAGCUUUAUUUUCCUUUCGUAUGUGGAAGUAACAGUAUUAGAUUAGCCUUACCUAGUACUGUAAUGGGCAAUUUGAAAGCAUAAAUUAUUUCUUACUGAA